CAAAGAAUAUAAUUUAUUUUAGGACUACAUUUUUAAGUGGAGUAAAUCAUUUUAUCCUUACCUGCCUUCUUCAUUAUCCUUUCUUUGUAAAACCUUAGCCAGUUUCCAAACUUGAGCAAAUCCAAUCAAAAUCCCGAAUCCCUCCGGGCAAGAUGCUGCUGAACCACCCAACCACCGCAGCCGCCGCAACCGAAACCCUACUCUUCCACCGCCGUCAACCCAGCUCUCCCUAUCCAGAUCGAUCCCAUUCACUGUCCUUCCCAUCUGGAUCUGAGCUUUCAAGCUCGAGUCUUCUCAAGCCGCUCACCGUUUCUGGCAAUCCCGUCUCUCUCUGUAUCACUUUCGCAUUCCCAUCGAAGUCCCGCAGAAACGGCACCGUCGACUACGAGAAGCGGCCGGCGGAGGCGUGGUUUGAUCUUUACAAGAGACUCGCUUGGAUGCCGGACCCGGAAAAUGGCGCUGCUAGUGUGUUGACCCAGUGUGAGAAUGAGGGCCUCAGGAUCCCAAAAUCUAACCUUUCUCGCGUCGUUAGGCAGUUGCGCAAGGUCAAGCAGUACAAGCUUGCUCUUGAGGUGCUUGAAUGGAUGAAAACGAAACCAGAGAGGUUCUGGCUGAGCACAGGUGACAUAGCCAUUAAAUUAGACCUAAUAUCCAAGCUGCAUGGAGCUUCAAGCGCUGAAGAUUACUUCAAGACGCUGGGAGACUCUUUAAAGGACGGACGAGUAUAUGGUUCACUUUUGAAUGCGUAUGUCAAUUCCAAAAUGAAGGAAAAAGCCGAAUCUGUAUAUGCCACAAUGAAAGAAAAAGGUUAUUUACUUUAUGCACUUUCAUGUAAUGUUAUGAUGACGCUUUACAUGGACACCAAAGAAUACGAUAAGGUGGAAGCAAUAAUUUCAGAAAUGAGAGUGAUGAACAUCCCAUUAGACGAAUAUUCAUACAAUAUCUGGUUAACCUCCCUCGGCCAUCAAAGUUCUAUGGAAAAGCUGGAGCUAGUUUUUGAGUCAAUGAAGGCUGACACCAAUGUUGAGCUUGAUUGGAGUACUCUAAGUACCAUGGCUAGAAUGUAUAUUAAGACAGGACAAUUUGAAAAAGCCGAAGAGUAUUUGAAACUGACAGAGGAUAAAAUUGAAGGUCAAAACUGUUCCCCUUACCAUUACAUUAUCAGUCUUUACGGAGCAAUUGGUAAAACCGGAGAGGUUUACCGUGUUUGGGAAGCUUACAAGUCAAAAUUUAUGAAAUUGACUGACAUGAGUUACCGUGGGGUAAUCAUAGCCCUGGUAAAAUGUGGUGAUGUCCAAGGGGCUGAAGAUCUCUAUGACGAAUGGUCAUCAUCAAAGCCAAGGCUAUUCGACCCACGCAUAGGAAACAUUCUAUUGGCGUGUUAUGUCAGGAAUGGGGAAACAGAGAAAGCUGAGACCUUUUUCAGCCAAAUGGUAGCCAUGGGUGUGAAGCCGAAUUCAAGAACAUGGGAGAUUCUAGCCGAGUACCAUAUUAUUGGAAAGAGAGUCGCAGACGCUUUGUCUUGCUUGAAGGAUGCCGUUGCUGCCAUGGACUCAAAAAACUGGAAACCUAAGCGCGCAAUUGUGUCUUCUAUAACAGAGUAUUGUGAUGAAAUAGGUGACACAGCAAGUAAGGAGGUGUUAUUCGAGGUUUUGAAGCAAACUCGUCAUUUUGAUGAUGAAACGGACAAGGACGAGGAUGACUUUGCAUGAGAAAAAAAAACAGAGAGAGAGAGUGAAAGAGAGUUUACAGGGCUGAAGCUCUCGCACUAUUGAGGAGAUGGAUGGCGGUUCUCGGAGGGAAGAGGGGUAAUAUAGUCCGAGGGUGUGAAAAUUGAUAUUUUCAAGUUGGAGAAGUAUAAAACUCUGUGUUGAUUACAAAACCCAGAAAAAGCUAAGCAAUAUUGGAAGCAUACCCAGGUACUUUGCUUUAGACAACUGAAUAUUGUUAGUAUGGGAGUGUAGUUUGUUCAUAGGUGUAUGACUAGAAGACCAUUGUAAUGUGCAUUUGGAUGGGAGUGAUUGUGUCUGCCUUCAUAAGUUGUAAUAACCAUUCUGCAAUCCUCUGAUAGCCUCUCCACUCUCUUCUUCACUCUACAAUUGCUCUGUGUACACCUAUAAUAACUCCUAUGAAAAAAUUAUUUGUUAGUUA